GUUGAAUAUAAAUGUGUAGUGCAAGUGACUACUUGAUGAAAGAAAAUAAGUGUAGUUGUCAAGGGAUUAUAAUGUCCGCCGGUGUCAGAGGUGGGAUACCGUUAAGAUGCGCGGGCGCAGAAAGCCGGUCAGUCUAAUGCAUUGCGUGGUCCGAACACGCUGCGUUUUGUUGUUGCCACAAUACGCAUAAACAACCUUUAAAAGCUUUCCAUACGAACGUUGUCUAAACUAAGGCCAGUGCGGUUCUCGCACGGCUGCAGAUCUCGUGUCUUCAUUAUCUGUGCCGUUUCGAAAUAAAAAUGCGAGUGAAGGGUUAAGAUUGUCGAAAUAGUAAAGUUGCAGAGUUGGUCUCGCCGCCUAUUGCGAUAGACGCAAUAGGAACUUAUGAUAGGACUGUGAGGAAACAUUUUAUUGUGAGAAAAAUUAAAUAAAUACCUAAAAAUGGAGCUGCAGUUCAACCCAGAUGGUGUCCCUUAUGUGAUGUGGGGUGGUAAUAAGAUCCAACUGGAAAACGGUCCGGUCACAGAUAAAGUGUACUUGGAAAAGGCUGAAAAGGAAUUGAGAGAAACACCCGAAAACGUCAAAGCAGCUCUCGAAGAAUUGAGAAAACUAUUGAAAGGGGAGCCCGCACUCGCGAUACCAAUCGACAAAGAUGAAUUUCUCAUGAAGUUUCUGAGACCUUGCAAGUUCUACCCAGAAAGUGCCUUCAAGCGGAUCCAAGCGUAUUACAAGUUUCGAAGGUCGCACGCCGAGCACUGCCGUGACCUGAUGCCGUCGGCUGUGCGACCAGCCUUCGACGAGUCCAUUGUGUCCAUACUGUCUCCGCGAGAUCAACACGGACGCCGCAUCAUGGUGGUCGAGUCAGGUGAGCGGUGGAAUCCCCGUAAAGUGUCGCUGACAGAGGUGUUCCGAGGCGUACAGCUGGGCCUGGAGGCUGCCAUGGACGAGCCCUUGACGCAGGUCAACGGAGUGGUCUCCAUCCUCGACAUGAAGGGCCUCUCCUUGACGCAAGUCAUGCAGUUCACACCGUCCUUCGCCAAGAUGGUCAUAGAUUGGAUACAGGACUGCGUCCCGAUCCGUCUAAAGGCGGUGCACGUUGUGAACCAGCCUUACAUCUUCAACAUGCUGUUCGCCAUAUUUAAGCCGUUUAUGAGGGAGAAGUUGCGGUCCCGCAUCCACUUCCAUGGGACUAACUUCGAGUCCCUCCUCUCACACAUAGACGCGAAGGCCACGAGGAAACGACACGGUGGAGCGCUUCCAGAGCCUGAGAUACCAGGAGACGUCUUAUGGAAGAUGUUGCAGCAUUAUGAGGAAGACUUUAAGGUCGCAAAUUCUUACGGAUACACCAGCAACAAUAAUAACAAAAAGUAAGCAACGAAAUGAAGAUACUCAAAUUUGUGAUAUAAUAUAAAAUAAUAGAUUUUACUAGUGGUGAUUGAAAUGACAAGUUACAUGUAGAUUUAGUAUAAAAUAUAGUACAAAAGCAAAAUCGUUCAUGAUCAUGAUAAAUAAACAAGAUGAGGUAAAUUGUUAUUAUAUUUUGAGAUUGUGAAUAUUUGGCUUGAUGCGUGACAUAUGUGCCUAGGGAAUUAAUAUUUUUUCCUAGAUAUUAUUAUUUGCAAUAAUGCAACCGUAGUGGAAUAGGUACUUCGUAAAAUCUUAAAAACAUAUGCGUAUUCAUAAAACAUUAUUUACAACAAUAUGUCUUGCCAUAAUAAUAAUAAAAAAUCUAUAUACUUGUUACUUAUAAAUAAGCAUACUUUUACUAAUUGUUUUUCUUUUUUUAUUCCAUGAUUUAUGAAAAAAUGUAAAUACUCAUAUAGGUAUU